AACUACGAGUUACGACUUCAAAUAAAUAAAAAUAUGAUCUUGAAAAUAAUUUACAAUGUACUAAUCUUGAAUGAUCGAUUUUCUUUUUUCUUCGAUUUAAAGUGUAAGCAGUGCUUACAGUGCUUACAUGCACACUACGCCCCUGCGGCUGUAUAAUUGUCGCACGACAACUCAAUAAGAUUUUCCGUCUUUUGCAGAUUUCAUCCGUGGAAAUUUAUCGAUAUUGUCAUUAUGGUAGGAUAUUAGUCACCAGUCACCACCCCUAGUGAUGACUAAUAAUUGGGCGACGGACGGAUGUUUAUAAAUCGCGGCAAUGGCGGUAGAUACCGCGAGCGCUUACCACCGACGCGCAGGCGCACUACGUCCCUCCUGGCUGUAUUUAAAAUCAAUAUUACCAGGUCUGCCGUCUCCGCCCUCCAACUCCCUGGUCCCAAUAUCUCAAUUAAUAUGUCCGUUGCCAUUUGCUGCCUCUGCUCUCUCGUAUCGUGUCGUAGUUUCGUUUAGAUGUGAUUUAUUUUUUUUUAAUAAUAAUUAAAUUCGUACAAAAAGGUAUCUAAAAAAACCCACGUUAAAUCAAAUUGUUUAUUUCGAUCUGUGCCCGUUAUAUGUGAUAACCAUCAUUCGCGGUACGUUCGAUUUUAUUGUUUUGUUUAGCGAAUAGAAUAAUUUAUCAUACACAAGACGUACAUUUUCGGUUUUUCCCGUUGCGGUAAAAAUAUUUCCAAGUAAAAACAAGAACAGUGCGUGUUAACAGUUGUUAUUACUUAUUUUUUUACUGUGUGGCUCGUUGAAAAACAACAACGUAAUACAUUUUAUUACCGCACUAUUAAUACACCAACAUUUUUGUUCGAAAAACACAGUUUUUUUUUUUAACUUUAUUAGUGAGAGUCUAGUGUAGUCUAAUUCAAACGACAAAAUGUUUCCAUUGACCGUUUUGGCAUACGAUGCAUGCAGCGAACAGCAAAAGUUAUAUUAUGACAAUUUGAACAACACGGCCAUGGACAUAGGGCCGUGUUGCAGUAAUAUAAUUAAAUUCAUUAGGGCCAAUAAACGGUGUACUUACAUUUCAAAUGUCUGUGAAGAUGCAGCGUGUUGCGGACAUUUGAAAUGUUUAAAAUUUGGACACCUGAAUGGAGGGUCAUGGACUAGGUCAACUCUGCUAAGUGCUGCAUGUAGCAGUAAUUUGGAUUGUCUGAAAUAUGCACUCGAGAACGGAUGUCCAUGGAGAAGUAAUUAUGCAGAGCGAGUUGAAGAUUCUUUUUGUGGUAUGUCUAGUGGAGGAGAAGAGGUAUGUACUGCUGCCGCUGGUACUGGCAACUUGCAAGGUUUGAAGUUACUACACGAAUAUGGCUGUCCAUGGAAUAAAUCUACAACUUUGACCGCUGCUUCUUACGGAUACAUGGAAUGUCUGACAUACGCAAUUCAAAAUGGUUGUCCUUACGAUGCUAAAAAGAUUGAAACUGCCCUAUUGAAGAAAAAGUAGAGAAGAAGUAGAGAGCGGAGAAAAAAUGGAGAGCAGCUCAAACAAAAUUGGUUGUGUUAAAAAAUAUUGCCUAGUCCUGAAAUAAGACUGAACCUAUGUCAACAGACGACUGUUGCAAAGUUGUAAAUAUUGAUACUAUUAAAAUUAUAUUUUACUUUUUAUUAAAACUAGUUAUUUUUACAUGUAUAUAAAAUUAUGACAUAUUAUUAAGACGCAUAAAGGAUGUGAGUGUGGAAGCGUGUCUAUAAAGUAGGUUUGUACUAAUUAAUCUAUUUGUGCCAUUUUUUAAUUUUUAAUUUUAUUUUUAUCCAACAUUAUUU